GGGGAUAAAGAGGGACAACCAGCAACGUUCGGAAACGACCUUAUCCCCUUCAACCAUGGCGUCCCUCCUGCUCCGACCUCCCUCCGUCGCAUCUCCGUCGCCCUCCGCCCUCUCUCCCCGCAUCGCCUUCUCUCAUUCCCAGACCCUAGGCGCUUCUCUCUCCACCGAUCCCCGCGCUUCCCUCUCUCUCCCCGCCGCCGCCGCCGCUCCGUCCGUCCCCCUCGUGUACUGCGGCAGAGGCGACAGGAAGACCGCCAAGGGGAAGCGCUUCAACCACUCCUUCGGCAAUGCGAGGCCGCGGGACAAGAAGAAAGGGAGAGGUCCGCCGCGGGUGGCUGCUCCUCCUGCCCCUCCGAGGAAGGACCGGUUCGACGACGGCGAGGUUAUCAAGAUCGAGAUCGACGAGUCCCUCUUCACUAAUUGAUUUCGGGCAAAGCUUGUUCAUUUCAUGGUCGAUGUAAUCUCUUUUACCCUCCAAAUGCAUUCGUUGGCGUUACUGUUUCGUCGAUACAUGCUUAAGUGAAAUUUUCGAUCGCAAGGCGGUCAAUAUAUGCUCUGAUUUCAUGCU